AUGGAAAUGCCAAAUAUUGAACUCGACUAUGUCCCUGAAAAUACUGGUGAUGUUGAUAAUUGGAAUGAGCUAUUCCAUCAACGGGAGAAUUCUCUCCUGAACUUUGAUACCAAAGAGGAAGCACCUCUUUUUAAAGUUAUCCCGCUAGGCAUGCACGUCCUCUGCAUGCCGAGCUAUGGAGAGGCUCAUCCGGAGCUCCUACGGAGGUGGCAACAACUAAAUAUUGACCUUGGUAACAAUUACAUCAAGCUACUUAUUGAUUAUUUCCAGCCCAUAGAGAAUGAACUUAUCACCAAAGUUGAAGGAGUUGGAACUGGAACUUUUGAUAUUACUCAAGCUGUGGAAAAUAAAGAAAUUCACUACUGUUUCAGUACAGUAAAUGGAUCUUGCCCAAAAGAAGAACGCUCUGUAACAACAAGAGGAUUGAUGUACCUUCUUUUUGCUGGUGGAUCAGUGAUUACAAUAUGUGGAAACCUGAUGGUAAUUAUUUCAAUCUCACAUUUCAAGCAGCUCCACACACCUACCAACCUCCUUGUUCUCUCCUUAGCUGUGGCUGAUUUUACUGUAGGAUUCGCAGUUAUGCCAUUCAGUAUGAUAAGAUCUGUUGAAACCUGUUGGUAUUUUGGGGAAGCAUUUUGCAUUUUCCAUGCAUGUUAUGAUAUGUCAUUAACCUCGGUCUCAAUUUUCCAUCUUAUUUUUAUUGCUGUUGACCGUUAUUAUGCUAUCUGUGAUCCACUGCUCUACGCUAGUAAAAUAACAAAUUCUGUUACAGGACUGUUUAUUUCAUUUAGUUGGUUUGUACCAAUUAUUUAUUCGUAUGGUACAAUUUAUUCUAAAGUAGGAAUUGUACAGAGUUAUGUUUCCUCUGAACUGUGUCUGGGAAAGUGUGUGAUUGUAUUUAACACCUUAUGGGGGACAGUACAAUUCUUGUUUUCAUUUUUCUUGCCAUGUUCUGUAAUGCUGGGAAUGUAUCUGAAAGUAUUUCUUGUUGCCAGAAAACAUGCAAAAGUAAUUGGUACAAUGGAAAAUAACUACAUUUCAGAAAAAAAGGAAAUUAUUCCCAAAAGAAAGAAAGAAAGAAAAGCUGCUAAGGCAGUAACUACAGUAAUGGCUGUUUUCACAUGUUGCUGGCUUCCCAUAUAUAUAGACUCUAUUCUUGAUCCUUAUAUUAAUUUUGCCACUCCCUCUGCAGUAUAUGAUUUUCUGGUAUGGCUGGGCUAUUUUAACUCAACAUUUAAUCCACUUAUUUAUGCGUUCUUUUAUCCAUGGUUUCAAAGAUCAUUAAACAUUAUCAUAACUUUCAAGAUAUUUAAAUCACAUUCAUCGAGCAUGAAUGUCUCUGCAGCCAUCAAUUAA